AUGUCUUACUACGACACAGUCAGAGACCCGUCCACCUUUGCGCAAAGAGUCAAGGGCAACGAUAGCCUCUCUGCCCUAGUUCGGUCCGAGCGCUGGAAGAGCGCCGCCAGUCAAUGGGGUCGCGAACACCUGUUUGCGCACCGCGUCCUCUGCAAGGAGCCUAGAAAGAGGCUACCUCUCUUUGAGUCCCGCAGGCUUUUGCCUGGCAACCCAAGAAACACCAACACCUGCAUCAACGCUCUGGUCCAAGGCCCGGAAAGCAUCGACGCCCUCAAAUACAGGGUGGAGCCUCAGCUCGUGCAGCACUAUAAACCGGACAGCCUCGGCUACGUCUGGGCAGCUUUGGCUCCAUUUGUGCGAGCUGGCGCCGGCUCUAUUCAGGACGCCCUCUCGGAGACAGCAAUCCGGGAAGCAUCCAAACGGGCGUCAAAGAGACCUGUGGAACUUCAAGACUUCGUUCCGUCCGACCAGGUCACCUUCGGGAGCUCCCCCGACUAUAAGCAUAGGCCCGCAACGUCGGACUCGCAUGAGACUCAUUCGAGCGUGGGUUACAUCGAGGGCCUUGUGGCACCGCUCGUCGAGGAUGCUACUGUCCGUCUCGCCAGCUGCUUUAUCCGCUGCGUGCUGAAUUACGGCCAGCACCAGGACCAGGCGGGUCCAUUUCUUUACUUCCGUGACGAGCGUCAGACGUACUCUUUCUCGCGGGGCAAAAUGCACAUGGUCCACGCAAUCGAUGAUGGGGGCAUCCAGUUCAUUGACUUGGAUGGCGAUCACCAACAUGUAGCGAUGCUAGAAGGCAAACGGACGUUCGCGAAAGUCAUCGACGGGAUUCCAAUUGUCUCCGACGAGCUGCUAGCCCAAAUGCAGCUAUGA